AUGAAUCAAGAAUUGUUCACAACUUUGACAAAGAGGCGAUUCAGUUCUCUUGGGUCCAUGUUCCUGUCCGCUCCUCACCCCCUUGUCGAAUCUAAGAAGGAUGAGAACUUCAUGUUACAAAGGGUUGAUUCUGAGCUGGGGAAAUUCAUCCCACCAACCCCGAACGAAAUUACUGGUCGUGAGGUCUGGCGUGACAGCUUGGAGGAAGAUAAUGAUUAUUUCUCCUUAGUGAUUGAUCGUUUGACUAGUGGAGGCGCUCCCGUCACAUCUGGACUUGGGUUUUUAAGAUUAGAAGAUUGUAAUAGCGUUUGUGAGGAAGUUUUUGAUCAGUAUUCGUCUGGACAUGAGAAGAAACAUGACAAUGUCGCUGAAGAUGAUUGUUUGUUCCUUGAAGAUUUGAUAUCACCCCCUUCUCCAUUGACCUCGUCAUCUUCAUCUACUUCAUUUGACGACUCGGAUGGCGAAGAAUUCUCGCUGAACAUUGAACAGGUUAAGGGUCGUUCCAGAAACGACCUUGAUUAUUAUAUGUCUCAAUUCAUUAAUAGUAAGGAUACGCAUAUUGGACAGAAGACAAUUCCUAAUAUCUAUGAAGUUAACUUUGGGGCUUUCGAAGUCAAUUAA